CGACGUCGUCGAUUGAGUCGAUAUCGUUUCCUUCGUAGCACUUCGUUCGUUGUUUUACAUUGUUUUUUUACGAAGCGCCUUGAUGUGAUUAUUGAAAUAAUCUGUUUAUCUUAUCCAUAAUGUAAUUUUGAUUGUAAAAUAAGCGUGUUGAUAUUAUCAGAUUCUAUCAUAACCAACUGUCAAUUCAACAAAGCGUAACAGUGAGCGGAGAAAAUUUAUUGUGAUUUAAUUCAAGUAUUUCUUUCGGUAUUUCAACGUUUCCGAAUGUGAUUUGGUGCUCGAAAUGGAGGAUUAUAAGUUUCUAUUUAAGGUGGUUUUAGUAGGUAACGCUGGGGUGGGUAAAACUUGCCUCGUCAGAAGGUUUACGCAAGGGCUCUUCCCUCCAGGCCAGGGUGCGACAAUAGGCGUAGAUUUCAUGAUCAAAACUGUAGAAGUAGACGGCGAGAAAGUGAAGCUACAAAUAUGGGACACUGCUGGCCAAGAAAGGUUCAGAUCAAUAACACAGAGUUACUACAGAUCAGCCCACGCGUUGAUAUUGGUGUACGACAUAUCUUGCCAGCCGACGUUCGAUUGCCUGCCUGAUUGGCUCAGGGAAAUAGAAGAAUAUGCCAAUAAUAAGGUGCUAAGGAUAUUGGUUGGUAACAAAACAGACAGAGAAGACAGGGAGAUUCCUAGGCAUAUCGGCGAGGAUUUCGCUCAGCGCCACGGCAUGUACUUCCUGGAGACAUCAGCCAAAGAGGCGGAGAAUGUUGAGCGGCUGUUCAUGGAGAUAGCCGUUGAACUUAUGGAGCAAGCGAAAUGCAAGGAGCUGCCGAAAUACGACGGUAGUUUAGGACCGAUCAACGGAAAGACGACAUCUGUCGGCGACAGUUCAUGUUGUUUACGCUAAUAACGAAUUUAUUAAUUGGCCAGUUUAACUUGAUCUGUUGAACUUAUCGAAACCUAGCAGAUUCGCGGUUCAAGUUAAAGUGGUUAUAUCUAUUACACGUCCAGUUUAACUUGACCCUUGAUUCGUAACGAAAUUGUAAGAUGCACGGGUCAAGUUAAACUGGCUAUGUUUAUUUUGCGCGUUAAGCUUGACUUGACCUGUGAGUUGUAUUGAAAUGUUUUACAUUCGCGUGUCAAGUUAUACUGGAUGUAGUUUAUCUCAUUGAUAUUAAUGUUAUACCGAUAUGGAGGCACCAUUGAAAAGUGCGAGCUUUAUGUACAGUUUAUUUAUACAUAGUUAAGCAUAAAAUAUUAUAACAAAUUUUAUUUAUUUCUAUCGGAUAUGUUUUGUCCGAAUUAUGACUUACUUAGAAAAUUCUUAUGAGACAAUUCUUGAACCAGUAAAUAAAGUAUAUGUGAAAAGAACUCUGGUCUCUAAAUCCACUAUGUAUGUAUAAUUAUGGAUUUAAAUUGCAGUAAUUAUUACUUUAAUACCGAGCUCGCAUGAAGAGAGUUACGGAUGUGGAUGAAGCGAAAGAAGUAUGCAGAGAUCGUGGCAAGUGGAAAGAUGUAGUCUCUGGUCACCCCUCCGGGAAAAAGCGCGUGAUUUUAUGUAUGUAUGUAUGUGCAGAAAUAUUAUGAGACUAUAUUUUGGGUAUCGUUACCAAGUCGAGGUGAGGUUGUAUCGAUAUUAUUAAAUUUGUAUGGAAAUUCUAAUUAGAUACAUUUAACGCCUGCUUCUCAAGGCUAUAAGUUAAUACAUUCUAUAAACCUUACAGAUAUCACUUUCUUCUGCGCUUAUCGUUUCAUAUUCGUAGGUCACGUUCAGUUGGCUUGAUAAUAGAAUUGAUAUUGUAUUGACACAAAUGACGGAUACUGACAGAUUGCCAAGCCUUUCCUCUCCUCGAU